AGCCAAUCGUAUAUAUCGGGUGGCCUUAGCCGGGUGCUUCAGUCGCGGUUCAAACGUUCCGGUGGUAACAAGGAGCUCCUCGACAAGCCUUAGAGCGGGAACUCGUGUAUAAACUGUAGCUAACUUACGAAGAACACAGCCAUGGAUAACAAGAUCGCCUUCGUCUCUGCAUCAGUUCUCCUUCUGGUCGCCGUCCUGGCAUCGCACAACGGCGUCCAUGCGAGGUCCGUCGUCCCCGAAGGCCUCCAGGAACUCGAAAUUCCUCGUCAGGAGAGCGACAUGUUCGCCGUCAGAAGAAAGAGGCAGGUCUUCGACGCCUCGUGCAAAGGGGUGUACGACAGGGGCCUCUGGGCCAAGCUCAAUAACGCGUGCUUGGACUGCCAGAACAUCUAUAGGGGGAAUCCGGCCAUUGAGGGGGAAUGCAGGCAAAACUGCUUCGGUACAGAGGUCUUCUACGGAUGCAUCAAGGCCUUAAAACUACCCACGAAAAAUUACUUAUACUUUGCCGAAGUCUUGAGAGAAAGCUAGUGUGUGGGAACAAUUUAUAACUCAAGGAUUAGUCAUGAGAAAUCGUUGCAGCUGAAAAAAUAUAUAUCUUACACUCGCAAUCCCUCCAUAAGCGGUUAUAUACUCUACCGGAUUGCCAAGUCCCUCGUUAAAGAAACCAAUUCCUUGCUGAAUUAUUUUUCCAGCGCAGCAACAACAACAAAAGAAUUUCUGUUUAUCUCGCGCAGUGAUGUGGAGUGUCUGGUGGUCCAUUGGAGUGACGUGGAUCGGUUUCUUGGAGUAUUGGGGUUUAACUGAAAGGUCUUUUAGAGAAAUUACGUAAGAUUGGAAGGAUGGGAAAAUCUGCAGGAGACUGUGGUGGUUGGAGAAAUUGCACACGAGUAGGAUGAGCGGAAAAUGGUUCUGGAAAGGAAAGUGGAAGAUGGUGUAAAUAUAUAAAGUGAAGACGACAUAUUGGAGAAAGGAAGAAGAGAAAUAUAAGCGA